AUGUCUCUCGCCUCCGCUUCCAGCUCCGUCCUGCGCGCCUGCGCUCGGCAACAACUCACCACUUCUCGCGCCGCCAUCGCCUCCUGCCAGCAGCGGGGAGUCUCGACCAGAGCCAGCAGCUUCGCCAGCCCCUUCACCCCCUCCCAGGACUAUGACCAGACCGUGAAGAUCCCCGACUUCAGCAAAUACUCCUCCAAGAAGGGCCCCCGCUCCAACCAGAUCUUCUCCUACUUCAUGGCUGGUUCCCUCGGUCUGGCCUCUGCCGUCGGUGCUAAGGCUACCGUUCAGGACUUCCUGGUCAACAUGUCCGCCUCUGCCGACGUUCUCGCUCAGGCUAAGGUCGAGAUCGGUCUCAACGCUAUCCCUGAGGGCAAGAACGUUAUCAUCAAGUGGCGUGGAAAGCCCGUCUUCAUCCGUCACCGCACCCAGGAUGAGAUCGAGGAGGCCCAGAAGACUGAGUGGCAGUCCCUCCGUGACCCCCAAGCUGAUGAGGACCGUGUCCAGAAGGCUGAGUGGCUUGUUAUGCUCGGUGUCUGCACCCACUUGGGUUGUGUCCCCAUCGGUGAAUCCGGUGACUUUGGCGGCUGGUUCUGCCCCUGCCACGGUUCCCACUACGACAUCUCCGGCCGUAUAAGAAAGGGACCUGCUCCCCUCAACCUCGAGGUUCCCCAGUACAGCUUCCCCUCCGAGGACACCCUCGUCAUCGGUUAA